UGUCAACAAACAAAUCUGUCAACAAACUGACGUGUACUUGGAAAUUGAAACAAAUAUUGUGGAAAAAAGCGUUCAUAAAUGGUAUUCGACUUUUAAGAAAAACAUUAAAACAUGCCUGAAACAGACACACCUCUCCGUAACCGGGGAGCAUCCAGAGAUGAAGCUGCAGAGACGAACGGAGAUGGUGAUACUCCGCCCCAAGUGUCUGAACGUGAAGCAUAUUUCCAGGCUUUAAGAUUAUGGAUCCAGCAGGCUCAGUUGCAUCAGAAUAUAUCUACAUGCUUUCCAUAUUAUAUGAUGACAUUCCAAGGAGGUCAGAAUAAUCCGACAAACGUACCUCUGUUGAACAAUAACUAUCAGUUUCAAGGGCAGCAGUUCCCCUUUCAAGUGCCUAAUUUGCCGCGAAAUGUUCCUGCACCUCAAGCCCAAAAUGAACCGGUCACUGCUGCAGAAGUUAUUGCUCGUAAUGGAGGAUUUGAAUAUGUUAUACCUGCUCUUUAUAAGCGGUUUUUGGCUGAAUUUAUAGAUUUCAUGCUACUAUUUAUCUUAAAGUUGGUGGUCACCUUUGUGGCUGUGGAUAUGUUUGAAUUAAUUGACUUGGAGAAGUUUGAUUUUUACAAGUUUAGUGAACAUUAUGAUGACUAUAAGUUCGCUAUAGAGUUGACAUCAGAGAUCCUAGUUCUUGAAAUCAUAUAUAGGAGUAUGGUUUGCAUAUUUGAGGCGAUAUGCUUGAGUGGAACUGGAAGGUUAGGGCGCACGGGCGGUGCCACUCCGGGCAAAGCUUUGAUGGGUCUUCGCGUGGUCAGUGCCUCAGCAGUCGUACCCGUUGAAAACCGCCCCAAGGAAACCGUGCUCAUAUACCCAGGCCAGACUCUUACAUUUGCUGUGGCACUUGCCAGAUCUCUCAUGAAGAACUUUUUGAUCUCUCUCCUAUUCCCUCUAUGUGUUGUGCUCUUUGUUUUCCGUCACAAUAGAACGGGGUACGAUCUUCUAUGCGGUGUUAUAGUUGUUGAAGAAAAUAUGUUCCCACCUAGAAGGUUUGCUCCUUAAACUAUUUUUCAUUGCUAUGUAGGCUGAAGUAUUUUUAAGCGGACAGAUAUUCAACUCGGUAGAACAUUAAUAAUGCUAUGCCCAACAGAAGUUAUAAAAUAUUAGUAAUUGUAUAUUGACUACAUUUAUAACAGUUUUGUUUUUUAAUGGUUUAUAUUUUGUCUAUAAGGUUUUUUGAUUGAUUAACCAUUUGCUAGAAUUCACGUAAGUAAUUAAUUUUGUACAUUAUUUUAUGAUUUGCAAAAAGUGAAAAAUUAAAUGUUAUUAUACUGACAUGAAAUAAAAAUGAUAUUUGUGAGAUUUAGGAUACAAAUAAACAUUAAGUGCCAUCAUCAUUUUGUUCUGAGCUAUACAUUGUUUAACUAUGUUGUUUAUCAGAAGUGCAGAAAUAAAAAUCAAGAAAAAUAUAGGUACAUAAUAAUAUGUAUAUGUUGACAUAUUAUAUGCAUCUUCCCGAAAGUGGCACGCGUAUAGCACGUCACGAUUUUUUAACACUAGAUAUUAAAUUAAAAUAGCUUUCGUAAAUAUCUUAUAACCUAUACCUACACAUAAUUAAUUUGUAUUAUGGCUAAUCACUUAUGAGUGAAUCAAAAAUAUUACUCUAGCUAUUCUAGACACUUUGUAAAAUGCAUAAAUUCUAAAUUACAGCACAGCAUGCAAUCAAUAAAUAAACAUAAUUA